UUUGCAGACUCUGGCAACAACUGCAGCUGCCCAGGAGCCCGAGAGCGCUUCGGCCGGAGAAGCCGUGCCAGAGGAGUCAGCGAGCCAGCCGCAGGAUGACAUAGCCCUUCACCAGAUGUGGGCGAGGCAGAACCUGACGCAAGUACAGCAUUCCCGGCUCCUGGAUUGAUGCUGACCGUAUGGACUAGGCCACCCGCCGAAGCGUCAAUCCAAGUCACCACCGUUACUGUGGUUCGAACUGUGACCGUAGAGCUUGCUAGAGGAACCGAAGUGAUUUGGGCGCCCCUUCAGCAGACCUUGACUUUCAUCAACCCCACUCUGGUCUUCGAGACGACUGUCGUUACCGCAUUGCAGUCUCGAGAUAUUGCAGCAAGAGCCGCGGCAAACGCCAUCGCAUUGGAUCAAGCGGCGACUUUGGAGAUACCCUCGACCGAAACGCACUACGAGGAAGGUGCUGGGCUUUCAUCGCACCCGGCUCCCAUCCGGAGGCAGACCUCGGCUUCGGUCAAUAGGGUUUCCAUAAUUACCGUCGAGAUCACGACUACAAUAGUGGCGAGCGGCACCAUAGUCCACACUGUCACCAUCUUCGAUCCCGUGUUCGUUUCUGUGACGAAGACGCCUACUCUCACGUCGACGAUCUUUACAACCACGACCCUUCCCAUUGAGGAUGGUGUUUCCAGCUCACCUGCGAUCGCACCAUCUCCCCCGGCUAGCCAGAAGGCCAUCUCCAGCGACGGUGCUCAGCAGACUGCAUCUUCGACAAGCCCCGAACCUUCAGUCGCGGCAACAACAGUAGCAGCGCCCGAGCCUCAAGAGCCUCCAGCCGCUUCCAACACCGUGGGCGCACCUGAAAGCAGUCGUAUCCGCUCAUCAUCUGAUACCCCUCGCGGUACCUUUAUAUCAUCUUCAGUACGUCCAGAUUCAUCGCCUGCCACCAAUGAAGGUAUUUCGGCAAGGGUUGGACCCGCAACGAGUAGUAGUCCAUCAAUGAGAUCAACAUCGACGACGGCUGUUCCGCCCCUUACGGAAACUCUUCUACCUCCGACUGAGCGCAUUGCUAGGCCAUCGUUGAGCCCCGGAGUGAUCGCAGGCAUUGCUGUGGGCGCAACGAUUCUUCUCACAGCUUCGAUACUGCUAUUCCUCUGCAUACGUCGACAUAGGCCCAAACGCAAUCGAAGUCUUCAGUUGAGCGAAGGCGAUCGUUACAUGACAUCUGCCAUAGCUGCUACCGCCAUGAUGAACCAACCGACUUCUAACACUCUAGCCUACGAUGGACCUUACCAAGUGCCGCAAACCGAAGGCAGCAGUGGCAAAAGUUCCGAAGAAGAGCAGGUGCGAAUUGUCAUUCAGCCCGUCAUCAAGAAAAGAAGCAUGAGCAGCGUGCUCUCGGCCUUGCCAAAGGUAUGGCCUCGACCACCGGGAUAUACCGGCAAGGCAUACAGCUUUUCUGCAGGCGGGAGCGGCGAAACGACCCCAAGGGAGCCUGUAGGAUGGAGUGUUGAGAGCGAGUAUGGAAGCUCGGGCAAUCUGGAUGUAUCGCGAAGUGGAGGAUGUGAGGAAGCCAUCGCCUCGAAAGGGGCGGCAAGAACCCACUCCAAGGGAGAUGGCAGACGUGAGAAGGGUUGGAUCCGAUGAACUAAUGCAAUGAAUGAAGCACUUAUUCCCAUACUAAGGAUUCAUGGGCUGUGCUUCCUUGAAGUCUGGAAAGUUCACCGGUCGCUUCGAGGAAGAUGGGGCUCUUUCGCUCACCGAUGCAAAUCUCGCCCGCAAUGCGAAGUGAUAUCAUACCACAAUCGGUACGACCCCCGUCGACGUAUCAUUUCUCCAUUGUGACAGACCUCAGCACACUGUAUCUAGUAGCCUAUUCCGAGGCCCAGCCUACCGAUUCGUACGUUGCACUGCAGAAGACGGUUGGGAUGUUGCAUUGGCACAUCACCGGUGCGGGGUUCUUAAAAAAGCAAGGUGAGCAGACUUUCAUAAUAUUGUUUUUGGAUUGCGCCAA